UUGUGCAAACUUUCUCUUUGGUGCCUUUUCGGGGAAGGGGGAGGAAAAGAAGGGAUUUCUGCCGGGGGAAAGGAAUAAAAAGAAUUCCGCCAUUUUGAUGUUUUAAAAAAGAAGUCAAGGCUUUUUGUUUUUUGGGUUUUUUCUCCCUUCCCCUCGAACGGCUGGCUGGCCGAGGCCUGGUCCCUCCGCCAAGGGAGUCGGGGAGGCGUCGCUGUCCGCAGGGCCCGGGCCUGAAAACGCCUUUUUGAAAUGCAGCAGGAGGGAGUCGGGUUAGGGACCAGGAAGAACUUCCCGGCCGAGGUCCCAAUUCAGCCCAACUAGUGCCUCCUGCCGGAUGGGACUGGGCACUGCAAUUUGUCUUCUAUGGAGAAAUCAGACGGAUGCAACGUGUGACAGAACUGUCCCGUUCCUAAAGAGGUUGCCCUCGGGGACCGGGUCCGGGCAUGGACGGGAGAGUGGAGCUGGAGGUGCUGAGGACUCCCCAGGGGCCCGGGGAGGUCAGCGUCCACCUGGUGGCCAGUGAUAAUGCCGUGCCGACCCCCCACCUGCCGGCCACCGCCUUCAUCAUUCCAGCGAACCCGACCACCAUCACCCUCCCCACUGGCCCCGUCGAGAUCCAGCGGUUUCCCCGCGAGCCCCUGAGGGGCCCGGGGCCGGAGAGGCCAGAGCGGCUCCCUGGGAGCGAGCCCGUCACGGCCACCGUGAUCCCCCAGGUUGGAGGGGUGCAGGCCUGCAGCACGGUCCGUGUGCUGGAGUGGAAGGACGGGCUGGCCACUCUGCCAGGAAGCAGCCUGCGGCUCCGGAUCAACGAGUUCGGGACCCUGAAAGUGGUCAGCGGGGACAGACUCGCGGGCCCAGAGCCCGUGACGGAGGCGCCUCCAGCCAAGGAUGGGGUCCCCGCCGGCCCCACCGAGCACGCAGCCCCCGCACCACCUCCGGGGGCAGAGGAGGAUGAAGAGGAGGAGGAGGAGGAGGAGGAAGAGGAGGAAGGCUCGUGCCGCUGCAACACCUGCGGAAGGAGGCACGUGGCCGGGGGUACCCGGGGUGGGCGAGGCUUUUGCAGUGAAAUCUGUCACCGGCAGUUCACAGAGAGGUCUGUCAUCGUGGAGAACUCUGCGGGCAGCACCAACGCCGUCGAGAUCCUGAAACCGGUGAAGAAGAGAAAGAGGAAGGAGUGCCCGAGUCCAUCGGAGGGGGAGUCUGAGUUGGAGCAGAUGGAGGAGAAGCAGGAGGAGCAGAAGGACGCGGAGGGGGAGGGAGACCCGGCCACCAGCACUCCUGAGAGUGAGGAGUGGAGCCCGAGCCACCCUGGCCCGGGCGGGGAGCCGAAGGACGGCUGGUCGUGGACUGCUUACCUGGCGGAGCACAAGGCCGUCGCGGCGCCUCCCAACCUCUUCCAGGAACACCAGCGCGUAAGCUCGCAUAGGAAUGGCUUCCGGCCGGGGAUGAAGCUGGAGGGGAUCGACCCGCAGCAUCCGUCCAUGUAUUUCAUCCUCACUGUGGCCGAGGUCUGUGGCUUCCGCAUGCGCCUCCAUUUCGACGGCUAUUCCGAGUGCCAUGAUUUCUGGCUCAACGCUGAUUCGCCCAACAUCCACCCGGCCGGCUGGUUCGAGCGGACCGGGCACAAGUUGCAGCCGCCGAAAGGGCCAGGCUAUAAGGAGGAUGAGUUCAGCUGGAGCAACUAUCUACGGGUCACCAAGGCCCAGGCUGCCCCGCAGCACCUGUUUGUGACCCCGAGAAGCGGGGUGGCCCCGGCCGGCUUCCAGGUGGGCAUGAAGCUGGAGGCCGUGGACCGCAUGAACCCAUCCCUCAUCUGCGUGGCCACGGUGACGGACGUGGUGGACGCGCGGUUCCUCGUCCACUUCGACAACUGGGACGACACUUACGACUACUGGUGUGACCCCAGCAGCCCGUACAUCCACCCCGUUGGUUGGUGCCAGGAGCAUGGGAAGCCCCUCACCCCUCCUCAAGACUACCCGGACCCCGACAGCUUCAGCUGGGAACGAUACCUGGGGGAGACCGGGGCCCCUGCCGUGCCGGCCUGGGCCUUCACGGUGAGACCCCCCCACGGGUUCCUGGUGAAUAUGAAGCUGGAGGCUGUGGACAGACGGAGCCCAUCCCUCAUCCGGGUGGCCAGCGUGGAGGAUGUGGAGGACCACCGGGUCAAGAUCCAUUUUGACGGCUGGACGCACGCCUACGACUUCUGGAUCGACGCCGACCACCCCGACCUCCACCCCGCGGGCUGGUGCUCCAGGACGGGUCACCCCCUGCAGCCCCCUCUCCGACCCAAAGAGCCAGGCUCCUCGUCCUCACCCCCUGGGAGCUGCCCCGCUCUCAACUGUAAGAACCUCCCACCCGCCAAGGGGUCCAGAUACAGCUUUCACCACAGGAAGUGCCCUACGCCGGGCUGCGACGGCUCGGGGCACGUGACGGGCAAGUUCACGGCUCACCAUUGCCUCUCCGGCUGCCCCCUGGCCGAGAAGAACCAGGGCCGGCUGAAGGCCGAGCUGUCGGACGCCGAGGCCUCGGCCCGAAAGAGGAACCUCAUCGGCUUUUCCCAGAGGAAGAAGUCACGACAUCAUGGGCGGAUCGGAAGGCCACGGAAGUACAGGAAGCUCCAGCAGGAAGACUUCCAGACUCUUUCUGCAGACACCGGCCACCAGUCCUUUUUCAUGUCCGCUCUGUCGGCUCACCCUGACCGCUCGCUUUCCCUGUGCUGGGAGCAACACUGCAAACUCUUGCCCGGGGUGGCAGGGAUCACGGCAGCCACAGUGGCCAAAUGGACCAUUGAUGAGGUCUUUGGCUUCGUUCAGACCUUGACGGGUUGUGAGGACCAAGCGAAACUCUUCAAGGAUGAGAUGAUUGACGGCGAAGCGUUCCUUUUGCUAACCCAGGCCGACAUCGUGAAGAUCAUGAGCGUCAAGUUGGGCCCGGCCCUCAAGAUCUAUAACGCCAUCCUCAUGUUCAAAAACGCCGACGACACCUUAAAGUGACCAGGGUCCCGAGACCUCCAGCCGGGCCCUCCUUGGCUGGGAGAGGAGGGGGCGGGGCGGCUUCCCUGAUCGCCCCAGCUCCAUCCUUGCCGGACAGACCCAUUCAUUCCCUCACCUCGCUUCCUUUUCGCCUUUUGUCCCGUCUGUGGGGGCGAGGGGACCGUCGCCCCCUCUGCUUCCACCCCACCCUCAUCUGUCCCUCUCAGGGUUCGCCGGCUGCUCUCACGGGGUGGGUGGGGAAGGGAUGCCAACUGAGCCAAGCUGCGGGGCUGGAAGUGGAUCCUGAGGGUGGUCCUCUCCCAGCACCCUAGCGUCCCCCCUGACACGUGUGGGUGUCAGGGCGGAGGGGCUUGGGUGCUGUUGUUGAUCAGAAAACGCUUAAAGUUGCUGUGGUCACAGGACCCCCCAACUCUGCUGCCCCAUCCCCACCUCACCGCCACCUCUCCCUGGAGACUCUCCCGCUCUGUCAAGACCCUUCCUCCUUGCGGCCUGCAUUUUUUCUCUCUUUCCGCCUCUCCCACCCAGGCCCAGGUUUCCGUUCUCCAAUUCUGAAGUUUUUCCCCUUACUUCUUCCCUCACGCUUUCUCCUAAGGCCUCAGCCGGCCAGGGGUCUCACUCAGCGGGCCCCCAGGCAGCGGCCACAAGGAUAUUAGUCCCGUUUCCCCGGGGAAUCAGAGCAGCGGGAGUCUCGCCACUGCCCCGUCCCAGGCCUCUGUUCUGAGCAGAGCUUUCUCCUCCUUUCCCCCGUCCCCGGCCAGGACUGGCACUGCCCCCGUCUGCCAAAGGGUGGUGGAAGAUGGAGAGAGGAGGCGGGAGACCGGCUUCAACUUCUGUGGUGGUCCCAGGCCCCUUCCCCUCUCGCCACCAUUUUUAGCCCCAUCUCCCCGCUCUGGCUGAGGAGCGGCCUCCCCCUCGACUCCACGAGCAGUCUGGGGAGAGAGUGAUCCCUGCCCCCCGAGGACCCUCCCCGGAUGGGCGGUGGGCAGCCCCAGCUUCCUGCGCCCCACUCACCGUCCUGCACCAGCAACGUGAUCUCUGCUGCCCGCUCCGCGGACGGGGCACACGCAUACCCUUCCCAAGGAAACGCGGCAUUUUGACUCUUCCUUCUUGACUGUUCGGGUUUCCGUCUGACCUGCCAUUUCAAUGUUUGCUGCUUGCUUUUCAUGAGAAACUUGAAAAAGAACCAAUGGUUGGGAGGGUGGGAGACCGGGGCCACGGGUGAUGAAUUUUUAUAUGUUUUUUAAUGAGUUCUCUGCCCCUCUCCCCCCGGUAACUGUCUUUCUUCCUGUCUGCCACUGCCAAAUGGCCGCCUGCCUGGAGGAGGAGCCUGAAGGCCCUGGGGUCGCUGGCCCAGGCCGUGCCCGCACCCCUCCUUCUGGGAGUGCUGGAUGUGGGCAUCAGUCACCGACCUCCCUGCUGCCACUGCCAAGCCUGCUGCUCAUCCAAAGAGCGCCCACCUAUUUCCCCGCUUGGGGCACCGGUACCCGAGGCCAGGCGGAGCCGGACUUGGGCUAGCGGUUGGGGCCGGACCUGGGCUAGGGAACCGAGCCGGACUUGGGCGAAAGGACUGCACUAGCCUUUCCGCUCCCCCGGCUUCCGCACGAGGAAGCGGAGUGUUGGGGGACGCGGAGUCCAGCCCGGGGGGAUCGGUGGUGGGAUUGGGCUGGAGGAUGAUUGUAUGUCUGGGGAGGCGAGGGUGGGUAUCUGGGGCUGUUGCCAGAUUUUGGUGCCCCUAGCAGCAAGGUGGUUCUGGCCACGUGCCCCGCUGGUCAUCGUCACCAUGUUCCAGGGGUUCAGCUCUAACACUGCCAGGUUUUCCCAUCACCCUCUCCUGCUGGGUGCUCUUGCCUUGCCUGGGGCCAGGCAGACAAAAGAGCAGGCAUCAUUACCCUUCCUGGGGCCUAGAGGUGCCUUGGGGUCUUUAGCUUCCCCCAUUCCAACCGGAAGGAGAAGCCAGGGUUUGCCUCUCCUCUCACCUGGCUGGAGGAAGCAGGGGACCCCCACAUUUCCUCUCCCUCAGAGCGGACCGAAAGAAGGGCCCAGGGCCAGGAGGGACCAGGGAAGUAGGUGGCUUUUCAGCUGGAGAGCGGCGUGGAACCCCAAGCUGAUGGGUGAGUCUCGAUCGGGGCCAGAACCCCUCUCCUCCCAGAAUUCAACAGGCUGUGGCUGCGGUCCCUCCUCCCUGGGGUGGCCUAAUCCAGUCCGGUCCGGUCCAAGCCACUGUAGAAUAAUAAUAAUGAUGGUAUUUUUUAAGCGCUUACUAUGUGCAGAGCACUGUUCUAAGCGCUGAAGCGGAACCACUUCAGUCCAGAGUCUCCCUGGAGGGAAGGGGAGACAGCGUGAGUGUGCAUGGGUGUGCAUGGGUCUUCCCAGUGAGGCUGGGAUGUGGAUGGGAGAGUUGGUCUCUGUGGGGCCCUACCCCCUCCCUAGUCAGAUAGUUGGGUCUAGGGGAGAGGGCAGGGAAAAGUUCUGGAGACCGGCAAGGGCUAUUUCCUCUCAGAGCUUGGAAACUUCAUUUUUUCUUUUAAACCCAAAGCACCAUCUUUAGCCCUAAGCACCAAGGCCUGCUGCUCGCUGCCCCCCUCCCCACUGCCUGGUCAAUGGGGAGCAGCACAAGUCCCCCGUUUCC